AUGACGGUUGUAGAUCCCAGGCUCUUCCCGCAACGGGUGCGGUAUGCCGCCCUGCUCACCGUCAAUGUAUACGUUUUCAUGGGAAACAUGUACUCGUCAGGAAUCACAACCGGAUUCGAGUCUCUUGCAAUCUAUUUCCACGCCGACAAUGACAAGCUAUCGGCCCUUGUCACAUAUUCUGUAUUGGCCAUGGGUCUAGCCAAUUUGUUCUGGAUGCCUAUUGCUCUGUGCUUUGGAAAGCGUCCCGUCGUCCUCUUUUCCAUGGCUAUGUUCUUGGGUGGCAUCAUUUGGAGUGCUGUCGCCCAGACUUAUGAUAGCCUGCUUGCUUCACGAAUCUUUGCUAGUUUCGACCUCUUCUUCGAACGAAACUAUGCCAGUGCUAUGGCAGUCUACGCUGCCUUCCUGUCUGGUGGCUCUCAGAUUGGGCCCAUGAUUGCCGGAUACCUCAUCGAGGCCCGUGGCUGGAGAUGGUUCUUCAUUCUCUGCGCCAUCAUCGCCGCGGUCAACUUUGUGACUACCAUCUUCAUGCUACCCGAGACGAUCUACGAGCCCGAUGUGGACGAGACUCAGGAACAACCUGAGGGGAUUGAAAAGGACACCCAUAGCCACCUGGAGACAAUCCCCACGAGAUCACAGGUCGGAGACCGUGCCAGAAUGGACUACGGCGAAUACUUCAAAGGACUCUUCACCGUGAGCCUCACCAAAGGGGCUCAGAAGGCGGGAGUUUUCAAGUUCUUCGCAUAUCUCUUCGUGCUUCCUUUCCCAUUGCUGCUGAUUCCUGGUGUGUUAAUCGCCUCAAUCAUGUACGGCGUUGUCCUUGGCGGUGUCGUCGCCGUCUCUACCCUCACCCCUUCUCUCCUCUCAGCACCUCCAUACCUCUUCACCUCCGCCGACCUUGGUCUCUUCACCCUGAGCAGCUUCAUCGGCAUUGUGAUCGCCUGGCCGAUCGCCGGUCCUCUGACCGAUCUUCUCUCCCGCUGGCUUCGCAAGCGUAACAACAAUGUCCACAAGCCCGAGCACCGUCUGCCAGCUCUGAUUUUCCCCUUCUUCAUCUGCCCCAUUGGCCUGGUCAUCUUCGGAUAUACCAUCGCUCGGCAAAUGCACUACGUCAAGCCCGCCGUGGGUGCAGCCAUCUCCGCCGCCGGCCUGACCCUGGUGCCCUCCGUCAUGCUGUCAUAUGUCGUGGACUCGUAUCCCAGGACUAGUGGCGAGGCGCUUGUACUGGUCAAUGCUUCCAAGAAUGUGGUUGCAUUUGGAUUGGCUAAGGGUGCUUAUGCUUGGAUGGCCAAGGAAGGCGUUGAGAAGAUGUUCUAUGAGUUUGCUGGCAUCCAGUGGGCAUGCAUCUUCCUAGCCCUGCCACUGUAUAUCUUCGGACCGGCGGUGCGGGCUCGAACCCAGAAAUUGUUCUAG